AUGAUGCAUACUUUCUAUUUUUUCUCAAUACUCCUUGUGGCAACGCAAGCAACCAUUUACACCGUAACCAACACCGCACUCUCUAGACCCGGUGGCGUUCGUUUCCGUGAUCAAAUAGGAGAACAAUACACCAUACAAACCCUAGACUCCGCCUCACAGUUCAUAUGGACAGUAUUACAAGAAAACAAUCAAACUGACAGAAAACUCGUGCAGAACGUCACUGUAUUCGUGGACCCUGACGCCAGAGGUGUAGUUGCAUACACAACUAAACUCACCCAUGAAAUUCAUGUGAGUGCGAGUUACAUCGGUAGCUAUAAGGGAGAUGUGAGAAACGAGAUUACAGGAGUGUUGUACCAUGAAAUGACACACGUUAGGCAGUGGCAUGGCAACGGUGAAGCUCCGACUGGAUUAACCGAAGGUAUAGCAGAUUAUGUGAGGUUGAAAGCGGGUUUGGUACCUGGUUAUUGGGGUAAAGCAGGGGAAGGAGAUAGAUGGGAUGAAGGCUAUGAAGUUACUGCUUGGUUUUUGGAUUUUUGUGAUGGUUUGAGAAACGGGUUUGUGGGAGAGUUGAAUAAGAUGAUGAGAACUGGAUACAGUGAUCAGUUCUUUGUUAAGCUGCUGGGGAAGACGGUUGUUGAGUUGUUUGCUGAGUAUAAGGCACAUUAG